AUGAAGCCAGCACAGAUCAGAUUCUCUCUACAGAGACCUCUACAGCACAGAGAUCCAGACAUGGCACCUACAAUCACUGCAGCAAUGACCAACUCUCAGGACCAUCUGACUCUGACCCACAAGCUCAGAAAGCCUCUGGUGGAGAAGUUACGCAGAGAGCGAAUCAACAGCAGCAUUGAGCAGCUCAAGUCUCUCCUGGGUCCAGAGUUCCUCAAACAGCAGCCAGACUCCAAGCUGGAGAAAGCAGACAUCCUGGAGAUGACAGUUUGUUUCCUGACACAGCUGCAGCAGCAGAAUCAGCAGCACAGAAGACUGCUCAACCACUUCAACAAGCUGCAGUCUUCCUCUGAUAACAACCUGACAGAGGCUGACUUCUCUCCUCUGAGCUCCACAGUCCACACCAGCAUCACCAAAGAGAAGAGUCCAGUCAACGGCGCCCUCUGGAGGCCGUGGUAGACACCUACAGACU